AUGAAUCUAUGGAAAGUAGUAAUAAGUUUAACUAUUCUGUUAUCGACGGCCAGCACAGGCCAAACCCAAGACGACACGACCGGCGAUUCAACCGCCCCUCCCCCGGCUGCAAACGACUGCAACGGUUUUUUCCUUUCUUACACGUUCAUUUCGCGGGAGAAAGAGUAUCCCCACCUGAAGAACGCGUCUGCACAGCCAUGGGCGUUUAAAUCGGUGGCGUCAAUUUUGAACACGGGCAAGCUCGAGCUCAAGGCAUGGAAGAUGUUCAUUGGGUUCCAUCAACAGGAAAUACUUGUCUCUGCAGGUGGUGGAGUCCUGUUAGACGGGAAUGAUUUUCCAGCCUCUGUUGGGGUUAACGGGACUUACAUUGGCGGUUAUCCUCAAACCGAUUUGAAAACUGCAAUCGAUACUGCAAACGACUUGACCCAAAUCCAAGCUAGAGUAGAGUUCAAGGGAACUCAGUUCGGACUCCGAGCACCCGGAGUCCCCAUGCCCAAGACAAUCAAGCUCGAAAACGAUGGUUACAAAUGCCCCGCCCCAACUCGCCAUGGUAAAAGUUCAAUGUAUGCAUGCUGCGUGAGGAAUCCAAAGCUGAAAGGAAAGAAUGUGACGACGAAAUAUACACCACGACAAAAAGCAGAUCUUACAAUGUCGUACGACAUUCUUACUGCCUACGGCAACAAUUACCUGGCCCAGGUGGAAUUGCAGAACAAUAACCCUUUGGGGAAGCUAGAUCAUUGGAACUUGACAUGGGAAUGGCAAAGAGGAGAAUUCAUUUCUUCAAUGAGAGGAGCUUAUACCCAUUUGAAAGAUGGUUCGGGUUGCAUUUUUGGUGCUGCAGGACAACAAUACCAAGAUUUUGAUUUCUCCCAGGUUCAAAACUGCGAAAAGAAACCAACCAUAACCGAUAUGCCUCCAGACAAAGCCAACGACGAUAAGCUGGGAAAGCUUCCUUAUUGUUGCAGAAACGGUAGCCUCUUGCCCACAACCAUGAGUAAAGACAAAUCCAAAGCCGUUUUUCAGCUUCAAGUUUAUAAAAUCUCUCCAGAUACUAGCAGAAUCGACCUUUAUCCCCCCGCAAAUUGGAAAAUCGUUGGAACUCUUAACCCCAGUUACAAAUGUUCCCAACCCAUAAGAGUUGAUCCCCAAGAAUACCCCGACAAGACAGGGCUUCAAGAAAUCACCAGGGCGAUCGCAAGUUGGCAGGUCGCGUGUAAUAUAACGCGACCCAAGCUCAGAAACAACCGAUGCUGCGUUUCCUUUUCGUCUUACUACAACGACUCUGCCAUUCCUUGCAGCACUUGCGCUUGCGGGUGCGAAAACGCUAAAAAAUGCAACCAACAUGCAAAGGCAAUGCUUCUUCCCACGGAAGCCCUCUUGGUUCCUUUCUCGAAUCGAUCGGUUAAAGCGAAGGCUUGGGCCAAAAUCAACCAUUUUCGAGUCCCGAAACCUCUUCCCUGUGGAGACAAUUGUGGGGUUAGCAUAAAUUGGCACCUCAAUUCUAACCAUAAGAGCGGUUGGACAGGCAGGAUUACGUUAUUCAAUUGGGAAGAUAUAAAUUUCGAGGACUGGUUCGUGGCCCUUCAGUUUAAGAAAAGCGGAAAAGGCUUCCAGAAGGCUUACUCGUUUAAUGGGACAAUGCUAAAGAAUCCAAACAACACCAUUUUCAUGCAAGGCGUGCCUGGGAUGACUUAUCUAAUGGCGGAGACUAAUGGUUCGAAGCCUGGCGAUCCCCGAAUUCCGGGAAAGCAACAAUCUGUCUUAUCGUUUGAGAAGAGGUUCACAUGGGGAUUAAAAGUGUCGAAAGGCGACGGGUUUCCUUCGAGAGUGUAUUUUAACGGGGAAGAGUGUCAACUGCCUAAGGACAUUCCGACUGCAAAUGGGCGUCGAAGAAGAGUAAACAUAGUGAUGAUAGUGGUUUUGGUUGUUACGGAUUUUUUGCUAUUGAGAAACCAAGUAUAG